UCUGCCGUGUUCUCUCUCUCUCUCUCUCUCUCGUCAAGAUAGCUUGAAACAAAGCCCACCAGUAACUUUUAUCUCAAAAUUUCCUUUUCCAUCUCUCUCUAGUCUCUCUCAUCUCAUCUUUUUUCCCCCAAAAAACUCAGCUCUUUCUCUCUCUAUAUAUAAACCUAUGCAAUUAACUCCCUCGGCGUUUCUGAAGCAUCUCUGAGAUCUACUGCCCGCACUAAAUACAUGGAUUGAAUGAGAUUUCCCACCAACAAAGCCCAGAAGGUGAAUUACCCAAACCAAGAGAAGCAGAAGAAGAAGAGAAUUUUGAAACCCUACCUUUUUCUUUCUUUCUUUUAAUUAAAGUUUCAGCAGCGUUAUCAAUCAUAUGUCUCGAAAUCCGUGCUAAUGGAGCUUGGUUUUUACUUCUCUCUCUUCUUCCUCAUCUUCAGGUCAUAGUGGGCAUUGGAGGAAGUGGCCUGUGUAUCGGGGUCUGUUCUGUUGGUGAAACCAGAACAUUCUUUCUUGAUCAGGAGUCGUAUAUGUAACAGAUCAAAGUUUUGCUUUUCUGGGUUGAGUUCUCUUAUCUUUCUUCGGAUGGUCACUAAAUUAUUUGGGUAUCAAUAUCACUCUGGAGUGGCGUUCAAGUGGAUUUUGUUGUAAGAAUGCAAGGAAAAUAACCACAGCUACAGUUCGAAGAUUUCUAUGCUAUUAGGACUGCUGGAAUUGAUGACAAAAAGGUGCUGGAAUGAUAUUAUUGAACCAAUCAUGGGAUGUACAUGUUAUAUUUGCAAAAUAUGAUGGAACGGGGGUGAUUUACAAUGCAUGAAACUUUUUUAUAAUAGAAGUUGUUACUUUCUAGUAGAAGUGUGGGGAACAUUGUAACCGUAGGAAACAUGGACGGUUGUGAUGUAAAUUAUUUAUCUUGGUACUUAUCAGGAAGUCUUUAGUUUCCUGGACUUGUUAACCAAGCUUUAAUACUGCUCUGUCAGACCAUAUUGUGGGAAAUCCCAACUUAUACUAUGGAAUCUAUGACAUUGCAUACGAAUCAUCUGUCGGGUGCUGUUCAUCGGUUUAUACCUUUUAUUGCACCUGCGCUUCUGGUUUCAAUUAGUUAUGUUGACCCUGGAAAGUGGGCUGCAACUGUUGAAGGAGGUGCUCGAUUUGGGUUUGAUCUGUUUGUGUUGGUGCUUCUUUUCAAUUUUGCUGCUAUUUUGUGCCAGUAUCUCUCAGCUAGCAUUGGUGUGGUCACUGGAAGAGGUCUUGCCCAGAUCUGCAGCGAGGAGUAUGACAAGUGUACAUGCAUCUUCCUGGGAAUUCAAGCAGAGGUUUCCGUGAUUCUGUUGGACCUUACCAUGAUCCUGGGCAUUUCGCAUGGACUUAAUCUUCUGCUUGGGUGGGACCUCUUCACUUGUGUCCUAUUGACGGGUGUCGGUGCUGCCUUAUUUCCCCUUUUUUCUGACCUUCUGGAAGAUGGCAGGGCAAAGUUCCUAUAUAUAUGCAUGGCAGGAUGUAUAUUGCUCUCUUUGGUUCUUGGAGUACUCAUCAGUCAACCUGAAAUCCCACUUUCCAUGAAUCUCAUGCUGACAAGGUUAAAUGGAGAGAGUGCAUUUACUCUUAUGAGUCUUCUUGGAGCAAGUGUCAUGCCUCACAAUUUUUAUGUGCAUUCUUCUAUUGUGCAGCAGCACCAGAGUCCGCCAAACAUUUCCAAAGAAGUUUUAUGUAAUAAUCAUUUGUUUGCUAUCUUCUGCACAUUCAGUGGAAUUUAUGUGGUGAAUAAUGUUCUCAUGAACUCAGCUGCAAAUGUAUUCUAUAGCAGUGGCCUUGCUUUGCACACCUUCCCAGAUGCAUUGUCUCUAAUGGAGCAGGUAUUUAGGAGCCCAGUGGUAUAUGUUCUCUUCUUACUUGUUCUGUUUCUAUCAAAUCAAAUCACAGCACUCACAUGGAGUCUUGGUGGUCAACUGGUCCUGACUAAUUUCUUGAAAUUAGAUAUUCCUGGUUGGCUCCAUUGUGCUACAAUUAGGAUUGUUGCCAUUAUUCCAGCACUCUAUUGUGUCUGGAGUUCAGGAGCUGAAGGGAUGUAUCAACUUCUUAUAUUUUCUCAGGUUAUGGUAGCUCUUUUGCUUCCAUCUUCUUUGAUUCCCCUCUAUCGUGUUGCUUCAUCAAGACCAAUAAUGGGUGCCUUCAAAAUAUCGCAGCUUGUGGAGUUCAUAGCACUUGUUAUCUUUAUUGGAAUAUUAGGUUUGAAAAUUGUAUUUGUUGUAGAGAUGAUAUUUGGUAACAGUGAUUGGGUAGUUAAUUUGAGCUGGAACAUGGGGAGUGGGAUGUCAAUCCCAUAUGUGGUUCUCCUUAGUACUGCUUGUUCAUCAUUCUGUCUGAUGCUAUGGUUGGCAGCUACCCCAUUAAAAUCUGCCACUGCUAUUGCCCAAUUAGAUGCUCGAGUAUCGAACUGGGAUAUGCCAGAAACUUUACCUGAUUCAGCUGCAGAGAGAGAGGAUAUUGAUUUGGGGAAAAGUUCAUACACCACAGAGCCUAUAGAAAGUCAUUCAGACUUGUCUACUGCAGAAUUUGAUUUUAAUUUGCCAGAAAACAUUAUGGAGCCUGAUCCGGUGCUUGGUUCAGUUGCUCAAGGUGAGGAUCGAUCUAGUGGUGUAGUUCCUAGCUUCCCGAAGUUAGUUUCAGAGGAACUCAUAUCCACUGAGGAAUUAGUCUCAUCCUCAACUGUGGCUCAUGAUGUUCCUGAUUCAACAUUGGCAGACAAAAAGAUCUUAAAAAUUGAUUCAGUGGAGCCCAUUGAAAAAACUGUUGGACUGGAUGCUGACUUGCGAUCUGAGAAGGAUGAUUAUGAGAUCGAUAAUUGGGAGGCUGAAGAGUCAUUGAAAGAGAUUUCUGGGAGUAUGCCAUCAUCAACAUCUGAGGGUCCUGGAUCUUUUAGAAGUCUUGGUGGAGAAGGUGGGAAUGGUACUGGUAGUCUUUCAAGGUUAGCUGGACUCGGACGUGCUGCAAGGCGCCAACUAACUGGAAUUCUUGAUGACUUUUGGGGACAAUUGUAUGAUUUAUUUGGACAGGCGACUCAAGAUGCAAAGAUUAAGAAACUAGAUUUAUUGCUGGGAAUUGAUUCAAAACUUGUAACUUCCUCUCUGAAAUUGGAUGCUACUGGAAAAGACUUCCCUGGAUACAUAUCUGUUGGAAGCAAAGCAUCUGAUCAAAUUUCUUCAAAUAAUUUAUAUGACUCCACCAAGAGUCAGAGGGUACAAGGUUUAGAGUCAUCCUACGGAGUACAAAAAGGACAUCCAUCAUUAUUGUGGCCUAACCACAUGCAGUUUUGGGAUGCAUGUUAUCCUAAUUCUAGCCCUAAUCCUAUUGACUCUGGAGAGAGGCGCUAUUCUAGUGUGCGCAGUUUGCCUUCUUCUGAGAGUUGGGAUUAUCAGCCUGCCACAGUCCAUGGUUAUCAGAUUACAUCUUAUCUUAGUAGAAUGGCCAAGGACAGAAGUUCUGAUAACUUGAAUAGUCAGUUGGAUCCAUCAGGCUUUAAAUAUCCGUCCUUGGGUGGUGGUGGUGCAAGCUUGAGAGACUCACUUGCAUUUAAAAUGGGGCAAAAGUUUCAAAGUGGCUUGGGUACUUGUCAGGCCCCUUCCCCUGGAUUGCAUAACUUGCCUGUAUCCAGGAGUCCUGCUUCCCAAUCUGACAGGCCAUAUUAUGAUCUUUCCCCCUCUGGAACUGCUGAGAAUUUAUUGACUGUAUCUAAUACAAAGAAAUACCAUAGCUUGCCUGAUAUUCAUCGGGAUCAGCAUGUAUCAGAUAAGAGUUCUCAGUGGGAUGGUGUGACUGGUUAUGGAUCAUCUAUUGGUAGAACAACAGCUCGUGGACUGUCGUUCUCAAAUUCUGGAUCAAGAAUAGUUGCUCCUUCAGCAUUUGAUGAGCUUUCUCCAUCAAAAGUGUACGGUGGUGCUUUAUCACCACAAAUGAAUUCUCAUCUGGAUUCUGGAUCCCUCUGGUUUAAACAGCCUUCUGAACAAUUUGGCUUGGAUAAAAAUAGCAAUCCUGAGAGUAAAGGAAUUGGGAGGGUUCAUUCAAUUAGUCAAGAAGCCUCUUUUGUUGUGAAUUCAGAGGCCAGGCUUCUCCAGUCUUUCAGAGACUGCAUUGUCAAACUUUUGAAAUUAGAAGGAUCAGACUGGUUGUUUGGGCAAAGUGAUGGUGCUGACGAGGAACUAAUUGAUUGUGUAGCUGCCAGAGAGAAAUUUAUUUGUGAAGCUGAAGCGAGGGAGAUGAGUCGGGUGGUUCGCAUGAAAGAAUCUCCUUCAUUUUCUCCUGAUAAUAGGAGAUUGGGUUCUGGAAUGAAGAAUGAUACAAACUUUACAAAUGUUUCUAUAUCCUCAGUACCUCAUUGUGGGGAAGGCUGUAUUUGGAGAUCAGAUUUGAUUGUAAGUUUUGGUGUAUGGUGCAUUCACAGAAUCCUGGAUCUCUCACUUAUGGAAAGUCGGCCAGAACUAUGGGGAAAAUACACUUAUGUACUCAAUCGUCUUCAGGGUAUUAUUGAUCCUGCAUUUUCGAAGCCCCGUAUACCAAUGCCGCCGUGCUUCUGCCUUCAAAUUCCUCAAGCAUUCCAGCAGAGGUCAAGCCCACAAAUUGCAAAUGGAAUGUUGCCUCCUGCUGCAAAACCAGGCAAGGGAAAAUGUACCACUGCCGCAAUGCUUCUGGAUAUGGUCAAGGAUGUAGAGAUUGCAAUCUCCUGCCGAAAGGGCCGAACUGGUACAGCAGCAGGCGAUGUAGCUUUCCCAAAGGGGAAGGAGAACUUGGCGUCGGUCCUCAAGCGCUACAAGCGACGGUUAUCCAAUAAGCCUGUUGCCACUCACGAAGUAUCAUCUGUUUCACGCAAGCUUCCAGCAACAUCCGUUCCUUAUAGCUCAUAGUAUUUACCCAAACAUGGUGAUCAGAUCACCCAGCUGUUUAAUUUUGGAAAGCAGCUCAUGGUCGGAACGAGAUGCCCCCCAUCCUGGUCUUUCGCACUUUCUCCCUUUUUCUCUCUCUGAAAACAUGUAUCAAAGCCCUUGCUGCGAAUUUUCUUCCCACAUGUUAAAAUAUGGAUAGGAUGUGACUCACCGGACUUUUAGUUGCAGCAAAACUCAAGGAAACUGGUGCAAACAAGUCACAUGGAAAGUUGAUUGUUAUAAUGGUUGCACCAGUUAGUUACUUGUGUCCAAGUAAAUUGCUGGAGAGAUCACAAGGUGACUUGAAAAGCUCAAAAAAAUGUUAGUAUAUAGCAGACAGAGCUAAUGUUGCUGUAUAUAUUGUCUCUGCAAAACUUUCUGAACAUUUCAAAAUCUCUUUCCACAUAAGGUAUUCUAGUCUGGCUGUUUGUUAGAUGAUGGGGCUACUUUCUUCUAUUGCCUGCCCGCCUUGACGGGUCAUAAGACAACUAGAUCCUCUCGGGUUAUCGAGUGUGUUUUUGUCGAUUCAGAUCAUCUGAAUUGGUUUAUAUCUAGAUGUUCUUCUGGGUUCA